UAUUCUUGCUUUUUCUCUCUCUAUAUAUCAAUUCUGGGCUGGCUUUUGAAGAACAUAAUCCAGACGCAUUACGAAUUUAUUUACUGAUAUUCAAACUAGAUUCGCCGCAAAUGUUAGUGAAUCAUCCAACUUUCCGACGAUACUGAUUUCCGGUCAUCAAAAUUCACUCUUCUUUAGGUCACAAUCACAAUCACAAUCAUCACCAAAAUGCCAGAGCCAGUUCUGUUGUUUACGGACGAUAACAUCGUCAAGAAGAAGAAGCCAGAGGAGGAAGAGAUAGUUCCUCCGGUUCUCGCUGUUUGCCGGAGCCGAUCUCAGGCGGCGACGCGAAGAGUCACUCCGACCAUUACAGUGGUGGAAGCCGGACCUGCUUUAAUUUCAGGCGUUUUAACUAUAGAGAAGCCUUUACCGAACGGAGAUCUGUACAUAGGAAGCUUCUCAGCAAAUGUGCCGCACGGAUCCGGGAAGUAUUUGUGGACAGAUGGAUGUAUGUAUGAAGGAGAUUGGAAGAGAGGUAAGGCAUCGGGGAAAGGAAAGUUUUCGUGGCCAUCUGGUGCUACUUACGAGGGUGAGUUUAAGUCAGGUAGGAUGGAAGGAUUUGGUACUUUUAUUGGAUCAGACGGCGAUACUUACCGUGGUUCAUGGUCUGCUGAUCGGAAACACGGAUACGGCGUGAAACGAUAUGCUAAUAGCGAUUAUUACGAGGGAUCUUGGAGGCGAAAUCUACAAGAUGGACACGGGCGUUACAUUUGGAAGAACACGAAUGAAUACGUUGGAGAGUGGCGCGGCGGUGUGAUUAACGGACGAGGGACUUUGAUUUGGGCUAAUGGAAAUCGGUACGAUGGAAACUGGGAGAACGGUGUGCCCAAGGGACACGGCGUGUUUUCCUGGCCUGAUGGAAGUUGCUAUAUCGGCUGCUGGAAUAAGGACAACAACAAUGGAAAUGUAUCAAAGGAAUCGAAACCUAAUCAAUCGCAGCAGAUUCUGAACGGUACGUUUUAUCCAGGACCAGGAGGUAACUCUGCAGCAAGUAAAGAUCCGAAGAACAACCUCACUUUUGGACAGAAAUUUACAGCUCCGUUAAUGGUGGACGAGAAUUUUGUUGCGGCGAAGAAGAGAUCCUCUGUUGAUGGUUCGAGAGGAAGCGUGACGGAGAGAAAUUUCCCGAGAAUAUGCAUAUGGGAAUCUGACGGAGAAGCCGGCGAUAUUACUUGCGAUAUAAUCGACAAUGUGGAGGCGUCGAUGUUCUACAGAGACGGUCCUCGCGAUGGAUUUCGUCAGUUCAGGAAGAGCCCUUGCUGUUUCGACGGCGAGGUGAAGAAGCCUGGUCAGACGAUUUCUAAAGGCCAUAAAACUUACGAUUUGAUGUUGAAUCUCCAAUUGGGAAUCAGACAUUCAGUCGGAAAACACGCUUCGAUUCUCCGGGAUAUUAAAUCUAGCGAUUUCGAUCCCAAAGAGAAGUUCUGGACGAGAUUUCCUCCUGAGGGUUCUAAGAUUACGCCGCCGCACCAGUCCACAGAGUUCAGAUGGAAAGAUUAUUGUCCGAUUGUUUUCAGACGAUUAAGAGAGCUAUUCCAUGUCGAUCCAGCUGAUUACAUGCUAGCUGUUUGUGGAAAUGACGCACUGAGAGAACUUUCUUCCCCAGGCAAGAGCGGUAGCGUUUUUUACCUCACACAAGAUGACAGAUUCAUGAUUAAGACAGUAAAGAAAUCCGAAGUCAAGGUUCUAAUCAAAAUGCUCCAUAGUUAUUUUAAGCAUGUUUGCAACUAUGAGAAUUCACUUGUCACCAAGUUCUUCGGCGUCCAUUGCGUCAAGCCAGUAGGUGGAGUGAAGACUCGAUUCAUAGUAAUGGGGAACUUGUUCUGCUCUGAAUAUCGGAUUCAUAGACGAUUCGAUCUUAAAGGGUCCUCCCAUGGCCGGUCAACAGAUAAACCAGAAGAAGAGAUUGACGAAACCACCACACUUAAGGACCUUGAUCUGAACUUUGCCUUCAGACUCCAGCCAAACUGGUUUCAAGAACUCAUCAAGCAAAUUGAGAGGGACUGUGAAUUCCUGGAGGCGGAGAAGAUAAUGGAUUAUAGUCUGUUAGUUGGCCUCCAUUUCCGAGAUGAUAAUACAAGCGAUAAAAUGGGGUUGUCCCCUUUCUUCUUGAGGAAUGGUAAAAACGACAAGUUUCAGAAUGAAAAGUUUAUGCGUGGUUGUCGAUUCCUUGAAGCUGAGUUACAAGAUAUGGAUAGGAUAUUGGCUGGAAGGAAACCAUUGAUUAGAUUGGGAGCUAACAUGCCAGCUAGGGCGGAGAGGCUGGGUAGGAGGAGUGACUUCGAUCAACACAGCCUAGCAGCACCUUCAAGAAGCGGGGAAACAUACGAAGUGGUUCUUUACUUCGGAAUCAUUGAUAUUCUUCAAGAUUACGACAUCAGCAAGAAACUAGAACACGCAUACAAAUCAUUGCAAGUCGAUUCCACCUCGAUAUCGGCUGUGGAUCCAAAAUUAUACUCUAGAAGAUUUAGAGAUUUCAUAGGGAGAAUCUUCAUUGAGGACAGGUAACUAGUGCAAGAAAGAAAGAAAGGCUUAUAGGAUUAAUUAAACCCGGUGAAUGGGUUCCCGCCCUGUCCCGAGGCUGAAUUUUGUGGAUCAGCCAUCGUGAUAGGGCGGGGCUGGUGGUGGUGGUUGUGGUGGGAGAUUGGAUAGUUUUUAGAUUUAAUUUGUUGUUUGUGUUGUUUGUACAAGUGUAAUUUGUGAAGAAGAGGAAAAUAUGUCUGGCUGGCUGGUUGGCUGGUUGGCUGGUGAUUAUUAAUAAGGUGGUGAGAAAUGUACAGCUUAUAGGAGAAAGAUGGGGGGAAUAUACAUUUAUGCAACUUAUGACUAUUAUUAUUAUUAUUAUAUAUAUUUUUGAAAU